AUCCGCCACGGCCGUCGCCCGGGGGACCGUACUGCGCCUGCGUGAGUUGCAGUACGCAUGCGUACGUCCUUAAGCACGUCCCCACCCCCCGCUUCUCCUGUUCGUGCGUUUGAGCGAUCAAAGGUUGAGGUGGCCACGAUAAAUGCCUGAAAAUAAAUUACUAUCUGGAACUGUACGACUGCCUGGAGAGAGGCUUUGGACUGUUGCAUGGCUCUUGAAGUUUGAGUAUUUGAGACUAUGCCUCAUUUAAUCUAUUUUAAAGUCCUGGCAGGCAGAGAAUUUCAGGCGGCACUGCUCUGGCCACCUAAAACCCUGCCUUCCAGUCAGUGUAGACCUCGCUGCGCCCUUCGGCGCCUCAGCAAGUUACCUUUCCGCAGGCGGUUGGUGGCGACUCGCGUAUUGUCCGUUCUGUUGCGUGAGGUCCUAUCGUUCGUCGGUCCUCAGUUCUAUCCGUUCCCAGAGCCCCACCUUGGCCGGUGGUACUUUAUCGCAGGGGCAGCUCCCACCAGGGAAGAAUUGGCAACUUUUGACCCUGUGGACAACAUUGUCUUCAACAUGGCUGCUGCCUCUACCCCGAUACAGCUCCAGCUUCAUGCUACCAUCCGAACGAAAAAUGGGCUCUGUGUGCCCCGGAAAUGGACCUACCACCUGACUGAGGAAAGCACUCAUCUCAGAACUGAAGGCCGUCCUGACAUGAAAACCGAGCUCUUCUCCAGUUCAUGCCCAGGUGGAAUCAUGCUGAAAGAGAUGGGCCAGGGCUACCAGCGCUUCCUCCUCUAUAAUCGCUCACCACACCCUCCCGAGAAAUGUGUGGAGGAAUUCCAGUCCCUGACCUCCUGCAUGGAUUCCAAGGCUUUCUUACUGAUGCCCAGGGAUCAAGAGGCCUGUGAGCUGUCCAAUAACUGACCUGUGGCUUCAUCUGUGCCCCCAGACGGAUACUGUGGGAGCUGUGAUGGUGGUGGGUGGGAGGAGACUAGCUAGAGACUUCCAACUCCCUUUCGAGAAUAAUAAAGAUGAUUUUCCAGUCCUCA